GGCUUGCUGGGUAGCGAGUAUAGCUCUAAAAGCUAACACACACACACACACCUGCUGUACGAUGGGCAUCUGGAGCCGAGCCGUUAUCUGCCUGAUCCUCCUGCUGACCACACCUGCUGUGAUCAGACCAGUCAUUACAGACCAGACGGUACCAGACAUUACAAAUCAGACGUUCAUUAACGACUGCGUAAGAGAACACAACCAAAACAGAUCCAGCGUUGACCCACCAGCCAGCAACAUGCGCUACAUGUCAUGGGAUGAAGGGCUGGCAGUCACUGCGAGAGCCUGGGCAAGAAAGUGUCUCUUUGUGCACAAUAUUUACCUGAGAGAGAGUAGCAAGGUCCACCCAGUCUUCAGCUCUGUCGGGGAGAAUCUUUGGGUGGGGACGUGGUUUUCAGUGAAGGAUGCAAUCCAGUCUUGGGUUAACGAAGUUAAAUAUUACACCUAUGAGACGAUGAGCUGCGGCGGGGUCUGUGGACACUACACACAGGUUGUUUGGGCGAACUCAUAUAAAGUCGGCUGUGCUGUCCAGUUCUGUCCAAAGGGAAUCAAAGAAACGACAUUCUCUCACAGACCAGGAUACGUGUUUGUGUGUAACUAUUCUACAGCAGGAAACUACAGAGGUCAGAAGCCUUACAUCACAGGAAGCCCUUGCAGCGGUUGUAAAGGAGAGAAGUGUGAAAAUAACCUCUGCCGUAACUCCACUCGAGACGCACUGAGACGUUAUAACUGGACUCCAAGCUGGGAUCCGGCGUCUCCAAGCUCGACUCAGAGUGUGUCAGAGUGUGGAUCUUUCUGUAAGGCUGUUCUGAUCACCCGGCCUGUUUCUCUGCUCAUCAUCUUUAGCUCUGUUUACUGUAUUCAGCUCUACUACCCAAACCUCUUUGCCUACACUUCCUGAUAAAGAGACAACAUGACAGCUUGGUAAAUUUGGGACAUGUGCCUGGAAUAGCAUUCAUUUUAACCAACUGCUGCCAUUUGAUGUCCUCACUGUGUUUCUUCUACUUGUCCUUCUCCUGAGAAGCUUGAAAAUUCCCUCCAGAAUUAAUUUCAGUUCACAAAAUUAUGCAAAAUUAUUUAUUUGUUAAAAAUAUUUAAAUGCUGACCACAUUUUAGCUGCAUUCCAGCCAACUGCCUAAAGGCAUCCCUUUAAUCUGAGACAGAUAAUCUCAUGGAAAGCCCCACAAGACCUGAUGUAAUAUAUAAAAAGAGCAUCGCAGAGAGGCUAAAUAUUUCAGAAGUGAAGAUGGAGAGGGGACCACUCUGUAUAAGACCGCGCAGACAAAUAGUGCAACAAUUCAGAGAAAUCUCUGUAUGCAAGGGACAAGACUGAAAACCAAUAUUGACUGGCCAUGAACUUCGGGCCCUCAGGCACCACUGCAUUAAGACAGACAUGAUUCUCUAGUGGAAAUCACUGCAUGGUCUCAGGAACACUUCUAAAACCAGUGUCUGUGAAUACAGUUCAUUAAAGCUCUACCAUGUAAAGAAGAAACCAUAUAUAAACAGGAUCCAGAAACGCCACCGGCUUCUCUGGGGCCGAGCUUAUUUUUGUUUGCACAGUUUUUCUUUUGUAUGUCUUCACGCUUGUAAAUAAAUCUCUCAUUGUCUGCAAAGAA